AAAAUGGGAGAAAAUAUUGACGCGUAGAAUUUUUUGUUACAUUGAAGGAUUAUCUUUUUUUUCUCUCAUUUUCGGAAAGAUUCUGUUGUAAAAAAAUAUAAAUUUCUAGUGUAUAAUUAGUGAAAAAGUUAUUCCAUAAUGGAUAUUCAUUCCAUUUGUCGUAUUUGUUUAGAAUAUCUGCAAAAUGGCAGUGCUUAUGAUCUGUUUUUAGUACCCGGAUUGGCUAAAAAAUUGUGUAUGUGCACAUCGUUGUCGGUGGAACCACAGGAUGGGUUCCCAAAGAACAUUUGUGGGGUUUGCUACACCCGUCUCAGUGAUAUGGCCGACUUUCAGAAGUUAUGCGUUGAUUCGGUGCAAAAAUUCCAAGAAUUGGUGUCCAACAAUGCAAUUGUGUGUCAGCCAACAUUUGACAUUAUGGAGGCCCCAUCAACUGCACCAAUUGAAGGUGUACAAAUGCCCGAAGAUGAAGAUGACCAUUUGAAUUUUGAUCCUUUGCUUACCAAUCACAAGAUGGAAAUGCUAGAAAAUGAAGAAGAUGUUUUCAAAAUGCUGGAAACUGUUGACAAAGAAGAAGUGGAAGAAAUUCCAACAAAGGUGGAGGAAGAGGAGAUUAGUGACGAGUCCAGUGAAGAAGAUAGGGACAGUGAUGAUGACUUCCAAUUUCCCGAUGGCGGUGAUAAUGAUGACGAGAGCGAAAGCGACGACGACAAACCUUUGGCCUCUAGACUACGAAAUAUCAAAAAAGAAAUCAAAGAGGAAAAUGAUGACGAUUCUAAAGAUCCGAAAGUUAAACCGAAACGUAAGAGAAUACCUGCUGCUGAACGCCACUUGCAUCGCAUAAUUGAAUGUCAUAUUUGUCACCAGAAAUUCAAGAAGACUAAAAACUACGAGGAGCACAUGAAGUACCACAAUGACAAGUUGCCAUUCCAAUGCGAAGUGGAGAGCUGCAAACGAGGCUUUACUACGGCCUACGGUUUACGUUUGCAUGUUGAGCAUUGUCAUGACGAGACUGUUGAAAAAAUUCCUUGCACUCAGGAGGGAUGCGACAUGAUGUUUACUCGCCGUCGAAUACUCAACUGGCAUUUGAAGAGAGUUCACAAGCUCGCCAAGGAGGACGUGCCAAAAUCGUAUCCUUGCAGUGAUUGUGAAAAGGUAUUCAAGUGUCCCAUGGCUUUGAAGAAACACAUGUUUAAACACACUGGCCAGGAAUUGCCAUUCCCUUGCAAUAUUUGUGGCAAACGUUUUGUCAUCAAUAGCGCGCUAAAAGAUCAUCUAAUGCGGCAUGCUGGCAUUAAAAACUAUGUAUGUCCCUACUGUGGUGUGGGCAAGACUACACGUCAAGAAUGGAAUACACAUAUUGCCACACAUAAUACAGAGAAGAAAUUCAAAUGUCACCUCUGUCCACAUGCAUCGCACAACAAGCAGAAUCUGCGUAUGCACGUACGUGUUGUACACGAAAAGAUCAAGGAUUAUGCAUGCCAAUAUUGUGGCAAACAAUUCGGCAAAUCGAAUGCCUGUAAAAUGCAUGAAAUGACCCACACUGGUGAGAAGAGAUGCGAGUGUAAAGUGUGCGGCAAGCGGUUCUUGUACCCGAAAGGUCUUACCAAACAUUUGAAGACCCACGAGAAACGUGUACUACGGGCUAUUGAAGUUUAUCGCAAACGCCAAGUUGAAUUGGGCGAGGUACCCGCAGAUGCUGAUGCUGAACCAAUGCCAGAUUUACCAAAUCCCGAAAAUACACAGGAAUCUCAUCAAAAGGUGGCUGAUGAAAUUCUGAAGGUUUGUGCUGAUUCCGUUAAUUCCAUACCCAAAGAUCCGAGACGCGUUGAGCGCGUGGAUAUUGCCGACUUAGCUGGUACUGCUGUCAAUCCCAUUCCUCAAGUAGCUUUGCCUUCCUGGUCCCCCCAGAUAAAUUUCAUGAUGAAAGAAGGCAAAUACACGUGUCCCGAUUGUGGUCAGGGCUUUAAUGGUUCUGGUAAUCUAAGGCGCCAUCACAAGAUUGUUCAUCAGGGCGUGAAAGAUUUCGCCUGUAGAUUCUGUCACAAGCGUUUCGCCAAGGCUCAAACACUAAAACAUCACGAAAUGACUCAUACCGGUGAAAAACCUCAUGCCUGUUCUCAUUGUGAUAUGCGUUUCAUUCAAGUCGUGGCUUUGAAGCGGCACAUGAAAGUUCACCAGGAACGUCCCACGUACAUACCUCAAGCUGCCUUCAAGGCCAAAGAAGAAUUGGUUAAACAGGAACGCAAAAAAUAUGCCAUCAAACGUGAACAGGAACAGGAGCGUGAAGCAAUAGCCGAAGAAGCUCGCAAACAACUGGAAGAGCUUAAAAAACAGGAAGAAGACCUACAACGACGUCAGCGUGAGGCUUUGGAAAAUGUGCCUAAGGCCAUACCAAAAGAACGUUUGCCACCAGGUGCCGAUAUUUCCAUUGCCACCAACUUAUUACCAAGUGAUUUAAAUAGUACUACAACCACAGCUACGACAACCGCCGCUGAUAAUGACGAGCCCUCCACUUCAGACAGUGCUCUCAAGAUGGAAACUCACGAGCACGAUGAUAUUUCUUACCCUGAAGUUAUGGGUACUUAUUAAAAAAAAAUUGCAAAUACACUUACUACUUACUAACUACAGACAUCUACAUAUGUGUGUAUACAGACGAUACUAAUUACAAAGAAAAAUCGGGCCGGGCGUUGACGAUGAAACACGAUGCUCAAGAUAUAAGGAUUUUAAAGCUUAUAAAUGCAUUUUAGUAAUUUUCAAACUAUAUGUACUCUUAAAACGCGUGCAAACCAACAAUUAACAUUAAUUGAAAAAUGUAUAAUUCAAAAUAUUGUAUUUUUUUUCGUUUCGUUUUAUUAUGAUUUUAAUGAUUUAUUACUAUACUAUAAGAUUUCUAUUUAUGGUUUAAUGUGUUUUUUUAAAAAAAAAAAAAUUGUUUGUUCAUUUUGUUGCAAUAGCCAAGAUUUGUUUGAAAUAGAAUAAAAAUAUAUUGAAAAUUAUUUUAACACCAUUUGUACACUAAAAGAUACAAAACAAAACACAUGCAUAUUUUUAAGAUUGUUCUCAAUUUAUAACUUUUAUUGUAAUUUUGUGAACACAAACUUAUAUUUGCAUUAAAAAUUUAAUAUGUAAUACUAUGAGAAAAAUAUACAUAAUAAUAAUAAUAUAGUUAAA